AUGUCAGAGCCUAAGAUCGCCAUCGCCUUCGACCUGUACGGUACGCUGCUGGCGACCGAGUCCAUGGCGACACACCUGGGCAAGAUAUGUGGCGACGACAAGAAGGCACAGGAGGUGUCGACGGUAUGGCGCCAGUACCAACUACAAUACAGCUGGAGAAUCAACGCCAUGGGCAUCUAUCGCAGCUUCCGCGAGAUCACCGAGGCGGCGCUGCAGCAGGCGGCAGACGAAGCCAAGCUGACGCUGCGGCCGGAGCACAUCGUGGAGCUGAUGCGCGACUACGACGCGCUGAACCUGUUCCCCGAGGUGCAGUUCGCGCUGGACGCGCUCGAGGCGGUGCACGACCGGGUGGACUGUUACAUCUUUUCCAACGGGCCGGCCCCCAUGAUCCACGCGUCCGUGGCCAACUCGCCGACGCUGGGCAAGUACGCCAAGCUGUUCAAGGGCGAGAUUAGCGUCGAGGAGGUGCAGGCCUUCAAGCCCGACGCGCGCGUCUACGACCACCUCGUGCGCGAGACGGGCCACGAGGGCCACGAGGAGGACGUGUGGCUCGUGUCGGCCAACGCCUGGGACGUGGUCGGGGCGCGGGCGCGCGGGCUGCAGGCCGCCUUUGUCGACCGCAAAGGCGCGGGCUGGACGGACCGGCUGGGCGACGUCAUUGGCGGCAUCAAGCCGUCCGUGAUUGCGUCGGGCGUCGACCGGGCCGUGAUUGAGAUUCUGAACCACUCGGGCGGGCACUAUUGA